CUGAGGUUCCCCAUUCUCUGGCAAAAAUGAAGGCGCUCACACUUCUCUCCCUGCUCGGCUGCCUGAUCACGGCAAACGAAGCAAAAAUCUUUAGCCGAUGUGAACUAGCCUAUACGCUGCAUGAAGAAGGGCUGGACGGAUACGAGGGUUACAGCCUCGCCAACUGGAUCUGCAUGGCAUUCUUUGAGAGCGGUUUCAAUUCGGCAGCAGAGGACGACAAUGCAGAUGGCAGCACAGACUAUGGCAUCUUCCAGAUCAACAGCCGUGUCUGGUGCAACAACUAUCGGAGCCCCACUGAGAACCUCUGUCACAUACCCUGCACUGACUUGCUGUCAAAUGACAUAACAGAUGACAUCGUCUGUGCCAAAAGAAUUGUGCGAGACCCACAAGGAAUGGAUGCCUGGGAGGACUGGACAAUGCACUGCAAAGGACGAGACCUCUCUGAGUGGGUGGAUGGAUGUGACCUGUGAGAAAGUCACCAGCCUGGCUCUGCUAUGACUUCUCAGGGUUUUCCUGAAAAGGGAAUGUUUCUGUCUCUCCCUGUGCACUUCUGGCAAUUAGCACAUACAAACAAUCCAUUCCACAAACCAACAGGAAAAACACAAAACAACAAAUACUAAUUUAAAGUACAACUUUAAAAAAAAUAAAUUGAUUUAUUAAUUUAAAAGCACAGCUCAG